UGUCAUUUGUCUAUGAUAAAUUGACGCCAUUUUGUGUAUGUAGUGCGUGUGAUAGUAUUUUUCUUGAAUUUGUUCUUCAAAACUAAUUCCUUACAUUAAAAUUAUAUAGAAAUGGGCGAAGAUAAAGAUCGCCGACGCAGGUCCCGUUCAAGGGAGGGAGGACGGCGGCGUUCAAGAUCUCGGUCAAGAGAGCGCAGAGAAAAGAGAAGAAGCAGAUCUAGGUCUCCGAAUAAAAGGUCACGUCGUCGUAAGCCUUCUCUAUACUGGGAUGUCCCGCCGCCAGGUUUUGAACACAUUACGCCAUUGCAGUAUAAGGCCAUGCAAGCGGCUGGACAGAUACCGGCGAAUAUUGUUGCUGAUACGCCUCAAGCGGCCGUCCCUGUGGUUGGCUCAACGAUAACUCGGCAAGCCAGGCGAUUAUACGUGGGCAACAUACCAUUCGGUGUGACUGAAGAAGAAACCAUGGAGUUUUUCAACCAACAGAUGCAUCUUUCUGGAUUGGCUCAAGCGGCCGGCAAUCCUGUUUUGGCUUGUCAGAUAAAUUUGGACAAAAACUUUGCAUUCCUUGAAUUUAGGUCUAUUGAUGAAACUACACAGGCUAUGGCCUUUGAUGGCAUUAACUUCAAAGGGCAGAGCUUGAAGAUUCGAAGACCUCAUGAUUAUCAGCCCAUGCCGGGAACAGAGAAUCCAGCUAUCAAUGUGCCAGCUGGUGUUAUUAGUACUGUAGUUCCAGACUCUCCACAUAAAAUAUUUAUUGGGGGUCUGCCUAAUUAUCUCAAUGAGGAUCAAGUAAAGGAACUCCUGAUGUCAUUUGGGCAGCUCCGAGCUUUCAAUCUGGUGAAAGAUUCAUCUACUGGUCUGAGCAAGGGGUAUGCAUUUGCAGAAUAUGUUGACAUUUCGAUGACUGAUCAGGCAAUUGCAGGGCUGAACGGAAUGCAACUGGGCGACAAGAAGCUUAUUGUGCAACGGGCUAGUAUUGGGGCUAAGAACUCAACGCUAGGUAUGUUAGCGAUGACGGGCGCGGCGCCGGUGCAACUGCAGGUGGCGGGGCUGACGCUGGCGGGCGCGGGCCCGCCCACGGAGGUGCUGUGCCUGCUCAACAUGGUCACGCCCGACGAGCUGCGCGACGAGGAGGAGUAUGAGGACAUCCUCGAGGACAUCAAGGAGGAGUGCAACAAAUAUGGCUGCGUGCGCAGCAUAGAAAUCCCUCGACCUAUUGAAGGAGUUGAAGUACCUGGAUGUGGAAAGGUAUUCGUCGAGUUCAACAGUAUCGCAGAUUGCCAGAAGGCGCAACAAACACUGACUGGACGUAAAUUUAGCAACCGAGUCGUCGUCACUUCCUACUUCGACCCUGACAAAUAUCACCGCAGAGAAUUUUAAUUUAAUUCACUCUUUGGCCACUUCCAGAGCCUUUUAAUUGUCAUUGUCCCAAUAAUAAAAUCUAAUGACAUGCUAUUUAAGUGACUACAUUUUUGUCUAUCUCUAAUUAUGAUCUAACAGCUAAAAAUAAAGGAAAAU